GUGCUGUUCUCCUCCGAGGCUCUGACCGAGUGCCCUCUCAUGCGCACGCAUCCGACUUCUUCCGGAUUCCCGAACGCCCCAACUGCUGCCCUUUCGUCAACUCCACUUCUCUCCACCCGGCGCCCCUUGCUCCCCGGAACCACCGCGACAAGCUCGCUGCGCCGCCGCCAUGGAUGAGGAGUACGACGUCAUCGUGCUGGGCACGGGGCUCAAGGAGUGCAUCCUCAGCGGCCUCCUCUCCGUCGACGGCCUCAAGGUUUUGCACAUGGAUAGAAAUGACUAUUAUGGUGGAGAUUCCACUUCUCUCAACCUUAAUCAGCUCUGGAAGAAAUUUAGAGGGGAAGACAAGCCCCCGGCACAUCUAGGCUCAAGCAAAGAUUACAACGUAGACAUGGUUCCAAAGUUUAUGAUGGCAAAUGGGACAUUGGUUCGAACCCUCAUUCACACUGAUGUAACGAAGUAUUUGUCAUUCAAAGCUGUUGAUGGUAGCUUUGUCUUCAGCAAAGGGAAGAUCCACAAGGUUCCCGCGACUGAUAUGGAGGCUGUGAAGUCUCCUUUGAUGGGCCUUUUUGAGAAACGCAGAGCAAGGAACUUCUUCAUUUAUGUCCAAAAUUACGAUGAAGCUGAUCCAAAAACACAUCAGGGAUUGGACCUUACUACGUUGACAACUAAAGAGUUGAUAGCAAAGCACGGCUUAAGUGAUGAUACAGUGGAUUUCAUUGGCCAUGCGCUUGCUCUCCAUAGGGAUGAUCGCCACCUCAAUGAACCAGCACUUGAUACUGUGAAAAGGAUGAAAUUAUAUUCAGAGUCUCUUGCACGUUUUCAAGGGGGCUCGCCUUAUAUUUAUCCUCUAUAUGGGCUGGGUGAGCUGCCACAGGGUUUUGCACGUCUAAGUGCUGUUUAUGGUGGUACUUACAUGCUAUGUAAGCCAGAAUGCAAGGUUGAAUUCGAUAUGGAAGGAAAAGCGUGUGGUGUUACAUCAGAAGGUGAAACCGCAAAAUGCAAGAAAGUUGUCUGUGAUCCUUCGUACUUGACCAACAAGGUCAGAAAGAUCGGCAAAGUUGCACGUGCAAUUGCUAUUAUGAGCCAUCCAAUCCCAAAUACAAAUGAGUCCCACUCAGUCCAGAUUAUUUUGCCACAGAAACAACUUGGACGCAAUUCAGACAUGUAUGUCUUCUGUUGCUCAUACACCCACAACGUCGCACCAAAAGGGAAGUUCAUUGCAUUCGUCUCUGCAGAAGCGGAGAGUGAUAAUAUACAAUCCGAACUCAAGCCUGGCAUUGAUCUACUUGGUCCAGUGGAUGAGCUCUUUUUUGAUAUGUAUGACAGAUAUGAACCAGUGAACGAACCAUCUCUUGAUAAUUGCUUCAUCUCAACGAGCUAUGAUGCUACCACACAUUUUGAGACAACUGUGACAGACGUUCUUAACAUGUAUACAAUGAUCACCGGAAAGGCUAUUGAUCUCACCGUUGAUUUGAGUGCUGCUAGUGCUGCUGAAGAAGAAUACUAGAUUUCAUAAUAAAAAAAAUACGGCUAUUCUCUUCAAACACCGCAGGACAAACCAUAACAAACGUCCUGACUAUUUCGCCCGCGGAUCAAAUUUGGUGUUAUGGCCAGUGUCUUCCGCAUGCCUGUCGCUUGCAGCAAAUAUGGGAAAAAAAUGUUGGUUCCAGACGAUUGAACUAUGGUGGUUUUAUUUACUACUGUAUACUAGAGUAAUUAGUGAAUGUUGUGAACAGUGAACAGGGUUGGCUAUGAACUUUGUGGCUUUAUGUAUGUAUCAUAAUAACUGUUAAAGUAAGUUUACAAGUGUGGCUA